AUGGCUGACAAACUUGCACUUUUCAAAAAUUACCUGAGCUGCCAUGUGUGUUCAGAGACUUUCAGAGAUCCUGUGUCUCUGAGCUGCAACCACAACUUCUGUUCAAGCUGCCUGCAAAAAUUUUGGGAACAAGCUAAAAACCAAAACUGUCCCAUUUGUAAAAGAAAAUAUUCAAAGGAUUAUCCAGAUGUGAACUUGACACUGAAAGAACUCGCUGAUUCAUUUGCUGGGAGACAGAAAGCUGGAUCAUCUGAGAUGAUUAAGGAAAGAAGAGAGAAGAAACUAACAGUGGUGUGCAGAAAACAUGAAGAAAAGCCUAAACUGUUCUGUGUGGACGAGCAGAGAGCUGUGUGUCCUGUCUGUGACUUUCCUCACCACCAGAGUCACAAAGUGGUUCCUGUAAAAGAAGCAGUCAGUGACCUUAAAAAACAUCUAGAAUCUGACUUAAAGUCUCUGCAGGACAAGAGGAACAAAUACAAACAAGUGGAGAAAACAUACAAUGAAAUGAUUCAACACUCCAAGAAGCAGCUGUUGUCCACAGAGAGGCAGAUCAGAGCAGAGUUCAUCAAGCUCCAGCAGUUCCUGAAAGAGGAAGAGGAGUCCAGACUGGCAGCUCUGAGGGAGGAAGAGGAGCAGAAGGGGAGGACUAUCAGCAGAGAGAUGAAGAUGAUUGAGGAGCAGAUCUCCUCUCUGUCAGACAGCAUCUCUGCUGUUGAAGAAGAGCUGCAGAAACACAGCGUGCCAUUCCUCAGCAGUUAUAAAGACACUCAGAGCAGAGCCAGAGCCCAGAGCUCAGUGUCAGAUCCACAGCUGGUCUCAGGAGCACUGAUAGAUGUGGCCAAACACCUGGGCAACCUGUCCUUCAGAGUGUGGGAGAAGAUGAAGGAGAAGGUCCACUUCAGUCCUGUCAUUCUGGACCCAAACACUGCAAACCCCCGUCUCUAUCUGUCUGAUGACCUGACCAGUGUAAGAUGUGGAGCAAUAUUGCAGCAGCUUCCUGAUAAUCCAGAGAGAAAUACUUAUACUGCCACUGUUUUUGGCUCUGAGGGCUUCAGCUCAGGGAAACACAGCUGGGAGGUGGAGGUGGGAGACUAUCCAACCUGGAAUAUAGGUUUAGUUCAAGAGUCAGUUUACAGGAAGGGAGAAUCUCCUUCUUCAUUAAAAUAUGUAACCUGGUGUUUAAAGCACCACAGUGGAAAAUACAUUAAUGGUGCAAAUCAGACUGUGACAGUGAAGAAGAGUCUCCAGAGGAUCAGAGUCCAGCUGGACUAUGACAGGGGGGAGGUGUCCUUCUAUGACCCUGAAGACAUGACUCACAUCUACACUCACAGAGACACUUUCACUGAGAAACUCUUCCCUUAUUUCAGUAUUGGAAAGGCAGGAGACGCCAAAACCUCUGAUAUCAAAAUCUGUCAGACUGAGAUUUGA